UGAACAGUGUUAAGGUACGCUGUGUUAUGUCUGUCAAGCUAAGAAGCUGGAAUUAUUUGUUCAACUUGUUAUUAAUUGUUGUGAAUAGGGAAUGUCUGAUGCUGGUGAUCACAAUUCAACGCAGUCCCAAUCCCAACUAAUUGAGGUGCAAGUGCAGCAUGUAGGUGUCACAGCCAAAUUGCAAUCACCAUUAAAAAAUUGGUUGCCCCAAUUGAACAGCUCAACGGAUACGGAACUGUUCCAGCAGAGCAAGUCUCAAUACAAUAUGUUUCAAAACGAUGCACAGGGCGAUACAACAACGACGACUACAGCCUUAUCCAGCCCAACACAUGUGCUCUACGAGAUGCAUGCGGAGCCGGCAAAGCAAUUAAUUAAUCCAAAUCGGAUUGAAUUCCAGCGCUACAACAAGACCAAGUAUCCCAGUUUUGCGGUGCCUCCCCGUCCACGUCGAAGUAAAACCAAACAUCACUCAUCCAAGGCGAGGCCAUCUAAGGAGGAAUCUAAGCAUCAUAAACGGCGUCCCGGUUUCCUUUCGCGCCUUGUCGCCUCGCUGGACAACAUGUGCAAGUGCCAGCCGCAACAUGUCCACAACAUCAUCGAUGAUCUGCCCUCCCCGAAGUGGAAUAAGAAGGCUGCAGCGCAUCACACUUGCAUUGGCAUCUAUCCGUUUGAGCAUGGCUGUGCGGAUUACCUUAGCACCACGGAUACCCAUCCAAAGAUCAACUCAAUUGUGCUCGCGGAUCGGGCGACAACCUAUGCGACACAUUUUUGGGCCGAGUUCUUUGGACUGUUGCACAUUGGUGUCGCCUUUGCGGUGGCCUUUAUCCUCCAAUGCUAUCGAUUCGUUCUCUACUCGGUGAUCAAUACCCUAAUUGUGGGAUGGCUUCACAUGACAUCCGAUUAUCUGGUGAAGCCAGCGUUGACUGUAGUAUUUAAUGGUUUUCUGCAGCCACCGAUGAUAUUUCUAUACAAUGUGAUGUGUUCCUUGCGAGAUAUUUUGGAACCGCUCUCAGACACGUUGAACAACUUGAUGAAACCAUUGGCCACGCUGGGAGAGAGUGUGCGCCUCAUCAAUGUCAACUAUCGCAAUGUGCGGCGACUGGAAAAGGAUGUUUGAUUUCCUGUCAAAUCUUGCCAAAAAUUGUUCAGCUUCGUUAAUAACUUUGAUUGCCAA